AUGCGAGGGGACAGGAACAGGCGUGUGAGGGACGCGCUGCCACCACCGCUCCCCUCACAUCCCACGGGUGACACGGCGUCCCCAGACAGCCGCCUCUCUCGGGGUUCCCGGGGGCUGUCCGGGUUCCGGGGGUCCCACGGCUCUCCCCCCAGGGCGGUGCCCCCCGAGGUGCAGAGCGUGCGGGACCUGAGCCCCGAGCUGGUGGUGGAGGCGGCCGUGCGCUGCCUGCGGGCCGUGCGCCCCGCGCUGGGCGCCCCGCUGAGCCCCCUGCUGCCCCCCGGCAUCUCCGCCCGCUUCCGCCUGGCCUCCGAGCUGGCCGCCGCCUGCCAGGAGCUGGGCUUUGGGGGUGACGUGGGCUACCAGACCUUCCUGUACAGCUCCGAGCACGACACGCGGCGCCUGCUCCUCUUCCUCGUGGAGAAGCUGCCUCGGGACGAGGGCGAGCGCGGCGCCGAGCCCCCCGGGAAAUCGGGGGCGCUGCUCCGAGCCAUCGGCGCCCGGAUCCGGGAGCAGCUGGGGACCCCCUGGGUGCCCCCCCUGUGCCGCACGCCCCGGCUGCAGCGGCUGCAGGGCACAAGUCACCUGCACCCUUUCACUACCUGUCCCCUGGUCCUGCCCCAAAGUGGGGGAUCCCCAGAGCUGCAGGAGUAUUUUGGGGGUGCCACCCCUCCGGUGCCAGCACAGCCCCCCCUUCCCUCGCAGAGCCCCCCGGCCCUGCUGGAGACCCACACGGCCCAGCUGAGCGCCCGCCACGACUGGGAGGCCGAGUGGGGGGGCCCCGGCCUGGCCUCCCGCCUGCCCCCCCAGGACCCCCAGGUGCUGCUGCAGCAGAUCCAGGUGGCUGCCGAGACCCUGCAGCCCCCAAAGGGCCCCGAGGAGGCCGGGGGCUCUGGCCAGGCCAGUGAGGAGGCGGCGCUGGAGGCGACACUGGCCCGGCUGGAGGCUGAGAUCGAGGGGUGCCGGGAGCAGCUGCGGGCGGCCCAGCUCAGCCUCACCCAGCUGGUGGUGGAGUCCAGCAGCCGCCGCAUCGUCAGCCUGGCCGGGCAGUGGGAGCGGCACCGCGGGCCCCUCCUGGCCGAGUACCGGCAGCUCCGCGCCCUGCGCGACUCCGCCCAGGUACCGGGGCCCUCCCCUCCCCUCCCCUCCCCUCCCCUUCCCUGGAUUUGGGGGUCCCCAGGGCCGUCUCUGGUUGUUUUUGGGGUCUCUGGGGCCUCUCAGGUCCCUUCACAGUGGGUGGCCGAGCUGGAGGCGCUGCCCCCCGAGGUCUCGCGCGCCGUUUACACCCAGCGCAUCCUGGAGAUCGUGGGCAACAUCCGCAAGCAGAAGGAGGAGAUCGGCAAGAUCCUGGAGGACACGAGGGCGCUGCAGAAGGAAAUCAACGCCCUGGUGGGGAAACUGGAGAGGACCUUCAGCGUCACCGACGAGCUGCUCUUCAAGGACGCCAAGCGGGACGAGGUGGUGAGAAAAGCCUACAAGUACCUGGCAGCUCUGCACGAGGUAACGGGGCUGGGGGGGUCACUGGGGGGGCGAGAGUCGUCGCGGCGCCUGGCGGAGACGCGGGCGCUGCUCCAGCGCAGCCGCGCGGCCGCCGAGGAGGCGCGGAGGAAAGAGAGCCUGCACGCCCAGCUG